UGUGCCGCCUGCGGGUCCGCCCCACCUGCCCCCGCCUAGACCUGGCGUAAAAGGAUACAUGUUCACUUCAAGUAGAAAGGAGCAUGUUCCCAAAUUCCUCCAACUUGGGUCGUCCACCCUUCCCUCCAAAACAUCAACAACGGAGUAAUUUCUUCAAUAAGUUUUCUCUAAAUAUACCACCUACUCUUCUCUCUCACCAGCAAAUUAUUGAUGCUCAGUUUAAUUUUCAGAAUGCAGCGGCUCUUUUGAGUGGGAACCUUGCAACUAUUCCAGCUGUUACACCACAACCAACGACUUACAGAAAUGGCAGUCCAGUAGAUAAGUCUGAUGCCCCCACAUCAUUCCGAGGAAGAAAGAGACUAAGUGAACCAAGUGUUCCACGUGAUGUCAAACGGCAGCGGUUUCAUACACAGCAUUCUGAAACAGCUGUAGUUAACCAAGCAGUGCCUUUACCAGAAGAACGUAGAUACUCCUUCCCAGGAUCAAUUCAGUCUCCACUGUUCCAUGCACCUUACAUGCACCUUACAUUGCAAGAUACUUUGUUUCCAGACCCUAUAGAAACCACGCUCCCUGUGGCCAAAGAUAAGUUAAGUCAGCAGGUUUUGGAGUUGUUUCAAGCAUGUCAGCAACAGACCUGUGAUUUGAACAGAAAAGAACUCUGCAGAAAAGAACUCCAGAGAGAAAUUCAGCGAAUUUUUCCACAAAGCAGACUCUUUUUGGUUGGGUCAUCACUGAAUGGAUUUGGCACUCGCAGCAGUGAUGGUGAUUUGUGCCUGGUGGUUAAAGAAGAACCAGUAAAUCAGAAGACUGAAGCAAGGCAUAUACUCAGCUUAGUCCAAAAACUCUUCAGUACUAAACUUUCAAGCUACAUUGAGCGACCUCAGCUGAUUCGAGCAAAAGUGCCAAUAGUGAAGUUCAGGGAUAAAGUCAGCUGUGUGGAGUUUGACUUGAAUGUAAACAGUGUUGUAGGGAUAAGAAAUACAUUCCUUCUGAGAACCUAUGCAUACAUUGAGAAUCGAGUUCGUCCAUUAGUACUUGUUGUUAAGAAGUGGGCGAGUUUUCAUGACAUUAAUGAUGCCAGUCGUGGUACUUUAAGCAGCUAUAGUCUUGUAUUGAUGGUUUUGCACUAUUUACAGACCCUACCUGAACCCAUCCUUCCAUCCCUCCAAAAAAAUUACCCAGAAUCUUUUGAUCCUACUAUGCAGUUGCAUCUUGUUCAUCAAGCUCCAUGUACCAUUCCUCCUUAUCUCUCAAAAAAUGGAUCAAGCCUUGGAGAUUUGCUAAUAGGCUUCUUCAAAUAUUAUGCCACAGAAUUUAAUUGGAGCCAUCAGAUGAUUUCAGUUCGUGAGGCCAAGGCUAUUCCAAGACCUGAUGGUAUUGAAUGGAGAAACAAAUUUAUUUGUGUAGAAGAGCCCUUUGAUGGGACAAACACUGCUAGAGCUGUACAUGAAAAACAGAAGUUUGAUAUUAUCAAAGGUGAAUUUCUGAAGUCUUGGCAGGUAUUACGAGACAAGAAAGACCUGAACUGUGUAUUACCUUUAAGAAGAACCAUACAGAAAAGAUAAUCGACUUCUUUUACUUUCUUCUUAUUGGAACCUGCUGAAAUAAAGAACAGUAUCAAAAUCAAGAGGCUGUUAUCCCAUGGUUUUUUUAUGACAAGUUUUUCUCUGUAAACUUUUGUCAAGGAAAUGUUUAUAAGAAAGAUUGCAUAUUUUAUUAUCCACAUUUGUUAAUACAGCUGUUCAUUCAAAGAUAUGUUUUCUGAAAAUGCUUGCAUUGUUCAUUGACUUCUAGAAGAAAAUCAAACAGCAAACCACACGAAUAAAUACUUUUCAAGGAAAAUAUGGGAAUAUACUGACUCGUUGUUUCCAUAAUCUGUGUAAUCAUUAAUUCAGACACAUUUAACCAUUAAAUGAAGACAUUCAGAGCUAAACAAUGUGCAAGCCGGACUAUUUCCUUAAGGCAUUGCGCACAGUACCCACUUCUUGAUGAACACACAGCCCAUGCUUUACAUCUCCUUAAUCGCAGUAAGCACUUCUGCUCAACUUGGCACUUUCCAGUUUUAUUUCCUUUUUACAUGGAACAACAAGAAACAAUUUAUGAAAAUUAAGCUAGAUUAUGGUUGGUAGUGUUCUGGAUAUCAAGAAUUGUAAUCUAAACUGGAAUUUUCAAGCAACAGUUCUACUACAAAGAAGUUGAAAUAAAAAAGGAGAAAUCAAUAUACAUAAAUGAUUCAUAUUCACACAGAGUAUGCAAGAUACUUUUUAGUAUCUUAGAGACUUUUUACAUAUUUGAACUAGUAGUGAUGUCUGCUUUGGUGGGGGGAGAAUCAAACCCCAAAAAAACCCCAAACAAAACACCCCAUAACCCUACCACUCCUACAAUGAGAUGGGCUUCUGUUUUGAUUUUGUGUGAAUAUUUGUAAAUUGGUCAGCUUCUGUAAAUUGAAUUUAAAUAAGUAAUCUUGAAAAUUUUAGGUUUUCAAAAAAAAGUUGUGAACCCUCCUUUAGACCUGCUGUAACACAUAUACGUAUAUUUGUUAUUGAAGACCAAGUCAUU